GCUCAGGAGACGUUCCUGGUGAAAGAUGGCGGAAAGAGGAGAUGGUACGGAGCGGCGUAAUGUUCGACUUCUGGACUUGUCUACUUUUUAAUAUAACUGUACCGCUGUCAUACAAGCGCGUAAUCUAAGAGUCCGACAAAGUUUUCUGGAAAUGAUCGGCAGCUGAAAUCGACAAUGAGCCAACGCGUUGGAGGCGUGUGGACCCAGCCGCAGUCCAACGAGCCCUCCCCGAUCUUUCCCGCUGAUCACGUCCUGUUUUCCGGAGCUGUUUUAUUCCCCGGGGCUUUCGAUCAGCUGGGCUGUCCUCUGGUAAUAUUCCCAGUAGCUGGACAGACUCCGCUCUCUGCAGCACUCAGUAAGGCAGAGGUGGUGGACUUCAUCAGCUACUGCCUUUCACAGCACAAUAAAACACAGAAGAGUAGUUUGGUGUCAGUCGUGGCAGAUCUCAGAGAAGCAUCUGCUGCUUCGACGCGGUUCAUUGCAGAGACGCUGCUCCUGCUUGAGGAACAGAAAAGAACAGUCCACACUGCAUAUAUAGUUCAGCCAAAGAGAAAAGAUGUGCUUCGGAUGUUGGGCAAACUGUGGAGCCCGUCCAAAUCACAGCCUGCUACUUUUAAUAAAGUUCUUCUCAAAGAGGUCUUUGAACUGUCAAAUUACAUCGACAGAAGUCAGUUGAUGGCCUCGUUGGGAGGAUACCUUGUUUACUGUCACCAGAGCUGGGCGGUCUUCACCAAGGAGAUGGAUGCAUUUGAGGAGCACUUUGGUUCAGUUGUGAAGCGGUUGCCAGGGUGUCUCUCCUCUGUCCAGGCCUUGUCUACACGGCCUCUGCCCAACUCUGUCCCUGAGCUCCAGCUCUUCUGCUCUUCCAUUGAGACUCACUUUCAACAGCUCCAGAGGGAGCUGGGCCUUGAUGAUCUACUUAAACACUGCAAACUUCUGGUGGAGAAACUAAGAUCGCCUGAUCUUGACCCCCACUUUCAGGCCAUGGCAGGCACUGCACUUUUCACCCUACACUUCUCCAGCAUGCUACAGUACCACCGCAGGAUCACUGCGACAGUGCAGAAAGUGGAGCUCUUGUGGCAGGAGGUUUUUUCCAAAGCUCGGCUCCAGUUACAUGUGCUACAGAUGAGAGAAGCUGCUCUGCAGAUUACAGAGCAGAUUGAGAGUCUUCUCCAGCACAAGCUUCAGCCCUACAACAUCCACAUGGCAAGAGAUGGAACUGAAGCUGAUCAGCUGACCUCAGAAUUCCACUCUUCAGUCUACACUCCAGCCAUGUCUUUGGUGGUUGCUGCUGAAGAGGUGGUGUGUACUUUAACAGAGCAGAUGAGCAAUGCUCUGGGCAGAGAACGCUGGCUGCUGGACCUGCACAGGCUCAAAGACAAGCUUCACUCAACGGUGCAUUUGACUUUACAAACAUUACAGGCUGUGUUCAAAUACCAUCUAUUUUACAACAAGGCUCACGGCUGGUAUAAAUCGGUCCUAUCAGAGAACUACUUACAGGAGUUACUUUCUCAAGUGGACAGGCCGAGGAGGAGUUGGGGUACACUCCCUGCAUGGAGGAAGAGGCUCUUUGCUUUCCUGAAAAAUAGUCCCCCUCCAGACAUGGAGGAACUGGUUCAUCUGGCCCAUCUUUCUCAAGUCAUCCCUGACAAACGACUCCAACAGGAGGGCAGACAAUUGUCUCAUCGAUGCAUGAUCUUGAGACGGAUGAUCAUGUCCUCUGAGCCUGUGCCAAUAGCUCAAAUCCAAGUGGCACUGCAGUGGCAGUAUGAGCUCCUACAGAGUUCACUGGUCAAACAGAGGGAACACUCCUCUCCCAUUGACACUGAGCCUGACCUGCACUUCCAAGAGGCUAACCCCAGGACAGCAACCCAUAGAGACAGUAGAGUGAACCUCCUUGGACUUGUCACCACAACAGAAGGGAAACAGUCGUCUCACAGUUCAUUUGACUCAGGAUUUGAAGGAGCUGGAAGCAGCAGGUUAGAAGGGCAUACUGUGGCUCCGGACUUUGUAAAACAGACAGUGAAUCAGCCCCAGAUCCAGGAGGACACUGCGUCUACCCUCUCUGAUUCUGGCGGGUUUGGAUCACUUGGAAACUCAUCUAGAGCCAGUGUCAACAUUGCUCCUAAAGCAACCCUAAAUUCUCUUGACUUUGAAAUAAAAGUGAAACGGUCAGCUGCACAUCCCACCAACCCAUGGCUGAGUUUACCAGAUGAUGACCUGGAGAACUCCUACACUGUGACCAUCACACCAAAGCCAUCACUAGAGCAGAAAGACUCUUGCUUUAGCUUCAAUAGUCAAAAGAACAAAGAACUCUGUCCUGGGAGUCCUGCAGCCCAUCCCACUGCCUGGGCACUGCACACCCAGAGCAGCCUGGAGGACUCUGAACUCAGCCCCAUGACACAUGUCCUGUCCAGUACGGUCACAGAGCCCACAGACCAGGCCACAGGGGAGCCUUCUAUGCUUUGGGACUCCUACGACCUCCAUGAACAAUACCUGGAUUCAACAGAGGGUGUGAGUGCUCCGUUGAAAGAUUGGGACAUAAAGGAGGAGGAGAACUUGACGGAGGUGGAGAGGACUCUUGAGCGGACGGACAAGAUCCUAACAGAGGAGGAGUGUGUCCUGGCACAAGAGGUUCAGCUGGAUGUUCUGCUGCGGUCAGAAGUUGAGCCAUAUCCCUGGCUGGCCUGGAACAACCAGAUGUCCUUGAAUGAAUUGUCAAAAGGCAAUGUUGUGGACCUUGAUCAGUUUGGUGCAAAGUCCCAGUUUGAAACCGACUUAAAUCUACAGCCUGCAGACUGGAGAGCCAAACCAGACCUACUCACAGAGCUCAAAGAGGUUCAUGCUCUGGACCAGAAGAUCUUGGAGGAGAAUUUCAAAAUCAAUCAGCUCAGGCAAGAAGAUUGUCUAGAGGAAGUGGUACAGAGGAAUUCUGACAGGCUGAAUGUGCAGAAUGUCAGGAUGCAGCUCACAGAAGAAAAACUAGAGCAGAAAACGUCAGAGAAUAAGUCUGUGAGAAAUUGUCAAGUAAAGAAACCCAAAGAGCGAGCUACCAGAGUCAUCAGAUGUUCCAUAAUGUCCAGAACAGACAGUGAAGAAGACAGAGCCCUCUGUAAUGAGGCACUGUCGGUGCAAAGCUGCUCAGAGGUGUCACACUCAAAAGAUGAGCUUAGACAGUCCUGCUCUUCUGAUCCAACCCAGUCUAAGAAAACUUGCAUGAAAUUGCAAGACAAUACUACCCAUUCUCCCAGUGAGCCUCCUGUCUCUAACAAAAUGGUCUCAUCCAGAAAUCCUGCUCAGUCCCCUUCUGAUGUGGGUGUUACUCCAGACUGCACAGUGGACAGAGAGGUAGAGCCAGGAAUUGAAAGAGGGGCAUGUUCCCAGCCCAUACCAAAGCCAAGAAAAAAAACACUUUCUCUAAAAAAACAGACAAACCAACACAGCACUCAUCGCUCUAAAUAUGGAAGCACACUCCCUGUGGAUACUAUGGAUGCAUAUGCAUCCUCUGUAAAUACUGAGGAAGCGAGUACACCUACUGUUGACAAAUUAAACCUUGUAGGGAGGACCUCUGGUCUCACGUCUGGAGACUUGCCCGCUGAGGGCACUGAGAGCGGAGGUGUGCUCGCUGAGAACACUGAGGGAGAAGGGGUGCCCACUGAGGGCAGAGGAAGUACACGCACUGAUACUGAGGACAGAAGUAUACCCGCUGAGGGUGGAGAGGUACCCACUGAGGGUGGAAGUAGUACAACCGCUAAGGACACUGAGGGCAGAAGAAGUAUACCUGCUGAGGGUGGAGGGAUGCCCACUGAGGACACUGAGGGCAAAGAAGGGAUGCCCACUGAGGACACUGAGGGCAGAGGAAGAACACCUGCUGAGGACAGUGAGAGCGGAGAUGUUCCCGCUGAGAACACUGAGGGAGUAGGGGUGCCCACUGAGAGCAGAGGAAGUACACCCACUAACGACACUGAGGGCAGAAGUAUACUCACUGAGAGUGGAGGGGUGCCCACUGAGGACACUGAGGGCAGAGGAAGAACACCCACUGAGGACAAUGAGGGCAGAAGAAUAUCCACUGAGGGUGGAGGUAGUACACCCACUGAUGACACUGAGGGCAGAAGAAGUAUACCUGCUGAAGGCGGAGGGGUGCCCACUGAGGCCACUGAGGGUAGAGGAAGUACAACCACUGAGGACACUGAGGGCAGAGAAGGAACACCCGCUGAGGACACUGAGAGCGGAGGUGUGCCCGCUGAGAACACUGAGGUAGGGGUGCCCACUGAGAGCAGAGGAAGUAUACCCGCUGAGGGUGGAGGAGGGGUACCCACUGAGGACACUAAGGGUGGAGGAAAUACAACCGCUGAGCGUAGAGGAAGGGUACCCACAGAGGAUAUUGAGAAUGGCAAACUGCCCACUGAGGAGACUAGAGACGUGGGUGAAUCUUCAUCCCUGGAUCCAAAGCUGCACGGAAAUCACAACAAUAACAACAAUAGGCUACAGCCUGAGGUUGGAAAACAAGAGACGCACUCUGACGAUUACUCUGAUCAGACUAAAUACUUCAACACACUGGCAGCCAAUUCAUGUGAUCUUGGGAUAGUGCUCCCUAUCUGUACUCCUCUGUACAAUGAUGAAAAAAGGGAAGAAGUGAAGUGGUCAGAGGAGAUUUAUAUCCCAAUGAUACAGGACCAACUCAACAUCAACACCACUCUGCCUUCAGACCUUGGCACCUCGAUCAUCCUGGACACAGGAUCAGGUUUGAUGAAAGCUGGAUUUGCAGAUGAGGACCUUCCAAGUGUUUUAUUUCCAACAAUAAUUGGUGUGCCAAAAUAUGAGGAGAUAAUGAAUAGCAGCUCAGUAAAGGAUACAUAUGUGGGACAUGAAGCUCAGCAUAUGAGGGGGGUCCUGGCUCUGAGACAUCCCAUCAAAAAUGGCAUCAUUGGUAACUGGGACGACAUGCAGAGGAUUUGGCAGCACACGUUUGAUCUUUUGCGUGUGGACCCGGGCGAGCACCCAGUCCUGCUGACUGAGGCUCCUAUGAACCCACUAGAGAACAAACAACGUGCAAUGGAGAUCAUGUUUGAGUUCUUUGGAGUUCCCUACAGUUAUGUUGCGAUGCAGGCAAUGCUGGCACUGUAUGCUGCUGGCAGGACAACAGGUGUGGUGCUGGAUUCUGGGGAUGGAGUAACCCACAGUGUCCCAGUGUAUGAAGGGUAUGUUCUGCCUCAUGCGGUGCAGCGCUUCCCUCUGGCUGGAGCAGAUGUAACGGCACACCUCACAAAGCUGCUUCAGGAGCAGGGCGUGUGCAUGAGGACCACAGCAGAGCAGGAGAUAGUCCGUGAAAUGAAGGAGAAGUGCUGCUGUGUGUCUCUCAAUUACGAAGUGGAGCUGCAUGACAGUGGGUCCUAUGGGGAGGCGAGCUACACGAUGCCAGAUGGAAAGAUUGUGACACUGGGCUCAGAGCGAAUAAGAGCUCCAGAGAUCCUGUUCAAACCUGAUCUUAUUGGCCGGGAUCACUAUGGCCUCCAUGAAAGUGUGUACAAAUCUAUCCUGAAUUGUGACUUGGACCUGCGGCGGGACUUCCUGGGAAAUGUUGUUCUGUCAGGAGGGAACACUCUUCUCCCUGGUCUCCCUGAGCGGCUGGAGUCCGAACUAAGUGUCCUGGUGCCCUGUGAGCCGCACUCUUCUGUGCGGGUCUGCAGCCCCUCUAACAGGGACUUUUCUGUAUGGUGUGGAGGGACAGUUCUGGCCAACUUGCCAACCUUCAAUGGGCUGUGGAUCAGCCAGAGUGAGUAUGAGGAAUAUGGGCCACAGAUAGUCCACAGGAAGUGUUUCUGAGCUGUAUAUUAAAGUAUCCUCAAAUGAAAUAUAUGGUGCCCAGCCUGGGAAAAUAUAUAUAUAUAGAUAUAUGUGAAUAUUUAAGUUAUUUGCCCACAGCUGCUGUUGUGUGUCCCUGUGUGUGUGGUCCUGUCACUUUUUAUGUUAUAAAUGUAUAUAUGUUUUCUUUUUCUAAUAUUAUAUAAGAUUGGUUGAAGCUGGCCUUUAAGUGAAUCGGGCCAAGACCUUUUUACAUAAUAAUUUAAGGUCACAAGUAAGCCAUCUAAAGCAUAAAUAAUCUAAUAUAACCUUUAUAUGAAGGAAGGAUAAUUGGGGCUUCCAGACCCCUGUUGUAUGUGAAUCUGAUGAGAGCUGACUGAGCGGUGUUGGACUUUUUGUGGUACAUUGUUCAAGGGUUUUAUAAUAUAUAUUUUUUUAUUUAUAUUUUUAAUGUGUCUCAACUGUCAUUCCAUUUGAAACCUGGAGGCACAAUCUACAACUAUCUGGGUCAAUUAUGUAAAACUAUGAAUGGAAAAAGGUGACAUUGAAGGUGCGUGCGUACAUCUUCAGUCAACAGCUGUGAGUGCUGCUGCUGCUCAUCUGCAUCAUUGGGAGUGAGGGCUUGCAGUGUGUGUUUUUUAUUUUGUUGUUAAUCCGUUUGCAAAUUAUCCAUUUGUAAAUCUGUAAAUAAGGCACGAUGAUGCACAGUAGUGUUUAACAGUCUAGUUGCUGCCAAAGUGAACUGAAAUGGUUCCUUGUCCCUGUGUUCAUUGCCAGUGUAUAUAUGUAUAUAUAUCUUUAUUCAAUAUGUUGUAAAUAUGUAUAUAUAUCUUUAUUCAAUAUGUUGUAAAUAUUCAUGUAUACUUUUGUGGUUUGCUGAAUAAUAUUGCUUUUGCUGGUGUAUAUUCUUUGUAAGUGUUGUAAGAACACAGGGUUGACAAAUAUUAAGUCAUGUAACCUUUGACCUACAGUGUUGCACCUUGCUUGCCCUUGGACUUCAGAUGUAAAUGUACUGUACCAGUC